AUGGAGAUGUCUCUGAACAACUCUCCCUAUCAUCCUCCCCUAUCCUCUUCCUCAUCCCGGCAGUCCCUGCACAAAGAAACACCCUCUCGUCCAGGCACCGCCUCUUCGCGGCCGAGUGAUCGACACUCAAGAGGGCAGCUGCCACCUGAGAGCCGCCCAUCAACAGACGAAACCCAUCAACUUCUAGGAACAAUUUCAUCACCCCGCCAAGAUGCAGUUCUGGAUGAAACCGAAGACCACCCCGAGGAAGGCCAAGAACAACCUCUAUCUCACCCCGCCUUCCAGCCGUUCUUCACCUUGAUUGAAGACGCCCAUACCUCAGACUACUACCACCCAACGGUCCACUACAUAUUCUCCGACGAUGACACCGGCAUCGUGACAGAGGCAGCCUUACGUAGCUUGGCCGUGCAGCAAGAAGCCCUCUCCGAUUCCAAGAAAGACCAGAUCGCGCAGACCCAAGCAUCCAAUCUUCAGGACGAGAUCAAAGACCCCUCCGACCCAGACCUAGCCAAGACCGCCUUACUCCCACCGCCCGUUCCAGGUGUUUGUGAAAACUAUGUAAUCCUGGACGUAGAGCCAUCACCACACACACCCGGGGCAGCACAAACCAGUCCGAUAACCGAACAACUAGCACCAGGGAAAGGCGGGGGUGGCACGAGGUCCAUAUCCUCGUCACCGGCGAACACUUCCGCCCUCCCACAGGAUCAGGGGCAGCUACACCCGCAGUAUCGCGUUACCGCGGCACAAAGCUUCUCGUCAACUUGGCAGGUCCUCAACACGGAGGUGGUACCGGCGCCAACCUUUGAGAAUAGUAAUCCUGGCGAGUUACCAGGACAUGGGUUGAUGUUGAAGAUACGUGGCACAGGUGGGCUGCCGAUUAAGGUGGGUGGAAAAGAUAAGGAGGGUACACUUGAGGAGAUGAUGGACCAGUUUGCGAAGCGGAUGAGCGAGUUGCAAGUUGUUAUCGAUGCUGCAGAGGUUGCGGACUCAAAGGGAGAACACGAUGAGGAAGAACUCGUGCAGCAUCCUUUCUCUCCAGACACAGCUGAAGAGACUACUCAGGGCGAGGGGGAUAGUGCGGCAUAUGCUGCAGAUGGUGAAGGGGAACAUUCUUGA